UUUGUUUUGGUGCUGUCGGGUAACGUAAAUAAAAAAAUUAUUUCGUGUAGCGUUGUGUAUAUGGCGGUGUUAUAGUGCACGUUCACGAAAACGAAUUUCCUUCAAUUUCUGCGAUAUUUUAGACCCAUUUUAUGCCUUAAAAGGUCUUGCCUGGGCAUUUAAUCGAUUCCGGGUUUACCAAAAAAAAACCAUCCAAGAGCCAUUUAACUGUGUGCCAUUCAGUCACUCACUUUGCCCCAAAACUUCCCUCUUUGGAGCAACAACAACAACAACAAACAAUUACCCAACUGUAAGAUUCACCCUGCAUUAAACUGUGAACUUGGGGGUAGUCGAGCGGUUAAGGAGCCUUAAAAUGGCCAAAGACCGUGGAGAUAUCGGGGCGGAGGCCUUCUUGGUCGAGGAGGACAUCGAAAAAGCGGUGGAGAGGGAGAUGGAGGAGGCUGCGGCCAAAGAGAACGCCUCCUCAUCCGUUACCAAGAACGUCACGGAGGUUUCUUCGACCAGACGUAAGCCGAAGAGGGUCCAUAGGCAAAACAGUAAGGAGAGUAACGUGAAUCUCGGCGGGUUUAUCCAUAAGCCACGAUCUUGGAAGAACAGCCGUAGGUCGCGUAACGGUUACGGUCGCGGAUUACCAAAGAAAGGCGGGGCCGGUGGAAAAGGGGUUUGGGGCAAACCCGGAUCCGAACUACUGGAGGAUAUCGAGGAUGUGAACGAUCCGAAUUUCGAUUCGGAACUAGAGGCGGAUAUUGAGUUGAAGGCGGUGGUACCGGAGCUCUCCCAUGAAGAGCUUAAAAGAAAGUGCGAGCCGAUCAUCCUGGAAUUCUUCGAGAGUAACGACAUCCAGGAGGUGCUCCAGUCGGUGGAGGAGAUCGUCCCGGCGAACCGUAGGGACGUUUUCGUUCAGCAAGCGGUCGAAAUAGCGAUGGACCACAAACCGUCGCACCGGGAAUUAACGUCGGUCCUGAUUUCGGACCUUUACGGUUACGUGGUGACCGAGUCGGACAUCCUUAAGGCGUUCGAGAACCUGUUGGGGAACCUGAACGAUUUGAUUCUGGAUAUUCCCGAUGCCCCGAUAGUACUCGGGAACUUUAUCGCGAGAGCAAUCGCAGACGACUGCAUCCCGCCCCGAUUCAUCGUCGACAUUAAAGAGAAAAGCGACGAGAACAUUUUCCAGGAGGCGCUGGUGCACGCCGACACCCUGCUCUCGAUGGAACACGGUCUGGUCCGUUUAGACAACGUGUGGGGCGUGGGUGGUCCCCUGCGCCCCGUUCAGGCCCUCACCCGUCAAAUGUCUCUGCUGUUAAAGGAGUUUAUUUCGUCCGGGGACGUUGAGGAGGCCUCCAGGUGCCUGAAGGAGCUCGAGGUUCCGCAUUUCCAUCACGAGUUGGUGUACGAGGCGAUCGUGAUGGCCUUGGAGGCGAACAACGAGCAGACCGAGAGGGCGAUUUGUAAUUUGCUGAAGGCGUUCGAUUUGAGCGUCCUAGUCACCCGGGAUCAGUUGGAGCGCGGUUUCUUUCGCGUUUUCGACGAUCUCGCCGAUAUUUGUAUGGAUGUCCCGUUGGCCUACGUUAUUUUGGAUCGAUUCAUCGAUCUUUGUCGCCAAGAGGGUUUCUUGACCGACAACAUCAUCGCCCGGUUUCCCUCCAGAGGACGCAAACGUUUCGUUUCCGAGGGCGACCAUUUCGUCACCAAAGACAAGCUGAACAAGUCCCACGAGUACUGAACGUUUCAAUUACUACAUGUCAACACCCUCCGAACUAAGGGAGUGAAUAUGCACCCUUGAGGCUCCUGUUUCCUCUCUGUCUCUAAAUAAUUUAUCCCUCGGAUUUGACAGUUGAACAUAUUCAUAUUUUUUGUUUUUAUAAUUUAUAAUAGGGCAUGGGGGGCGGGCCUCAAGAGUGUAAUAAUUAGUGUGGGCCUCAGGAUCCACGUGUAAGCGUAUAAUUUGUGUGUUUUGUUUAUUAGGCCGCUGGUUUUUUUUUUUAUUAAAAAGUUUAAUAAUUCCUUGCAUUUAAUUAUUAUUAUGAUUACUGGAACCCUUUCAGCGCGUAGUUUUUAUUCUCUAGCGUUUUUUGUACAUGUUCAUUGUAUGAUGGAAUAAAGAUUAUUACCAGUUUA